AGAUGUUUCUCCGAAUCCAAACUGUGGACGAUGUGCCGGCUCAAGAUGUGUUGAAAAAAGGUUUGCAAGAUCUCAAGAUCAUUUGCGGCAUGACGCGUCAGACCUUUAAUCAAGAGAUGAAGAAGUUUGAAGCCAAAUCUCAACGAUAACCAUGAUCCGCACACCUAAUCUCUCCCAUUUGACUCGGUCGGAUUACGACCAUGUGUAUGAACCCGCUGAAGACUCCUUUUUGUUGCUCGAUGCGUUGGAAUCCCAAUUAGAUGACCUACGAGAUGCUCGACCCGGAAUAUGUCUCGAAAUCGGGUCCGGCUCCGGAAUCAUAUCCACGGGUUUAGCCUCUGUUUUGCCUCAAUGUGCCUAUUUUUGUACCGAUAUCAAUCUACAAGCCUGCCUCAAAACCCGUAUAACAGGGUCCAAGAAUAAUGUGCACCUCGAGAUUUCUCGUCAAAAUGUGUGUCAAGCAUUCCUUCCCCGACUUCGGGGACAAGUGGACGUGCUCUUGUGCAAUCCCCCCUACGUAACCACAAGUGAAUGUGAAACUGGACAAGAUGACUUAGGCGCCUCUUGGGCCGGCGGGGCUCAAGGUUUGGGCUUGACUAACCGAGUCCUGGAGUUAUUACCCGACCUUUUGAGCGAGUUUGGCGUGUGUUUUAUGGUCUAUGAACAAUGCAACCGCCCCGAGGAGACAUUGGCAGCCCAGGUCUCUGAUCUGAAUUUGAAGGCGCAAUGCAUUUUGAAACGCCGUUGUGGCCGCGAGUUGCUGUAUGUCUACAAGUUCACGAAAUUGCAGGAGAAAUAAAACUUCAGAUGCUGGAUUCGCAUUGACAAAUA